GUGCUUACCGACUAUUUUGACCGUGAUUAUACAAACUCUAUCUAAUGCAAUUAAAAAAUAAUCAUGUGUUUUGUUGGCACUUUGAAAAUGUCUGAAAAUCUCAACGAUCGUGAUAUCUCCAGCGGGAUAUUUUGUGCGUUGGAGCCGUUAAAUCCUCCUGUUCGACUUGUCAGGCAUCGAUGGGGAACAAGGUUUGUAGACAUAUUCCAAUAUUUAAUGCUUUUUGUAAUGUGGAAGAAAAUUAAGAUUUUUAGGAUUUUCUCUUCAGGCAUAGGUCGUGUAUUAUAUUUUCUUACUAACAGCAUUAGCAGAAAAUGAAAAUCAACAUAAAGGAAAAUGGAUAGAUAUAAGAUUUGGUACACCAAGCAAGCAAGCAAUGAAAACGAAGACUGAAUUAUAAAAAUCAGACAUUCAUUAUGCAAUAAAAUAGUGUUCGAUUAUUAUGUGUUUGAAGUAGUUUAUCGAAAUGAGGGAGACGGGAGCGUAUAUUACAAAAAUGGAAAUGGUUGUGAAUCAUUUACAAAAUUUAGACAGAUUCAGGUGGUCAACAAACCUAACUGAAGAAUGACUCCCCCAUGGUCUUGGGGUAAUUUAUCACCCCAUUGAACCAUGCAACGUUUGAGAACCACUUUUAAACGGUCCAGGACCCCCACAGCAUACGAAAUGAAGACUCAGAGCAGUUUAGAAGUACCUAAACAAGUCAGAUCGGCGUCAUUUGACGAAAUUCAGCUAGAAGCUAAACGCUUACAAGCCGAAAAGGGACCAGAACAAAAUGCGCUACUUAAUAUUCCACAGUUCCCCGGUCAGAGAUCCAGAAGUGUUGAUUCGGGAGGAAGCGAAGAGUCGGGUAAUUACCUCGAGGUACCUUCUAGAAAAUUUCACCGUAGAAGAUCUUCUGGAAGUAAAAGUCCUAUUUGUGUACAUUGUAUAUGUUUGGAAGAGUACAAUAGAAUGCACAGUAGCGAUAGUAGUCAAGAUGAGAAGGAAGAUGCACCACAACCUUCGUUCAGUAUGAGCGAAUCUUCGAGUGAAUGCGAAGAAGAAAUUCUAUCGAACUGUGGCAUACGAGUAACGUUAUCUCCUGAAAUACCUCCAGAACCAAUUCAAUCACCGCCUCCUGUGCCAAUGACUCCCACGCAGUCCAGGAGAAAAUCAAUUCAUCGUCAAGAAGCUUUUUUCGGGGACCCUUCUGGGGAUUCCUUAGAAAGUAUUUCAGAUGGAAUAUCUGAAGCUUUUUCCUCCGAUGGAGCAGUUUCAGAUAAAACACCGGCGGGUCUUGUCGUUAAAGAUAUCUACCUCCAAGUACCAGAUCUUAAAAGGGAUAGAGCUGCUUCAGUAGACUCUUGUUUUUCCAAAGUAUCCCAAGUUAAGACUGAGGAAUUAGAACAUUCAGGCGUAAGUUUAGAGGUACCUGUCGGGCCAAAUGUUGCCCUUCGAUCUAGAUCCGUUGAUAUUGUACUACCGACUGAUAAGCAAGCUAGGUACAAAGCUUUGGCGAUGGCCGCUCCUUGUAAUUCCGAUUAUAGAAAAUCUACGGAAGUUGGGGAACGGGUGUUGCGUAGUACGCCGGACUGGGAAGAAACUGCUAUUAAUGGAGAUCAUCUGUGGGUACCAACAUCAGUGUCUGGUGAUUUUUGUUAUGCAGGAGAUUCAGACUGUACGAAACAUGGUCCUCGAAUGAAAUGUUCGGCUUGUAACAUAAUUGCCCAUCAGAGUUGUAUAAAAGUGCUGGUUGACAAGGUCAAGUUUUCUUGUAAACCGACAUUUAAAGACGUAGGUGUGCGACAAUACAGGGAACAAACCACCAACCAACAUCAUUGGGUACAUCGUAGAUCAGAAAAAGGAAAAUGCAGAAGAUGUAGCAAGUCUUUCCAAUCGAAGUUAUCUUUCAGUUCCAAAGAAAUUGUGGCAAUCAGUUGUUCGUGGUGCAAAGCCGCCUAUCACAAUAAAGAAUCUUGCUUCAACAUUAAGCGAAUAGGGGAAGAAUGCACGUUAGGUGUUCAUUGCAAUAGUAUAGUACCUCCUUCUUGGAUAGUGAAACUGCCGAAAAAGGGGAAUUUUAAGUCGAGCUUGAGAAAAUCACCAAAAAAACGGAGUAGUGGCAAAAAAAAUAAACAUAAAGAUAAAGAACAUCGAGUUUUUGCUAUAAAACCUAUCCCAUCAACGAACGUAUCUCCAGUAAUAGUUUUCAUCAAUCCCAAAUCUGGUGGCAAUCAGGGUGUGAAGCUACUUCAAAAAUUCCAAUGGCUACUCAAUCCAAGACAAGUCUUCGACCUGACACAGGGAGGUCCACGGAUGGGAUUAGAAUUGUUCAAGAAAGUGCCUAAUUUGAGAGUUUUAGCGUGUGGUGGUGACGGAACAGUUGGAUGGGUACUGAGUGUGAUAGAUCAGAUUGGAAUAUCUCCCGCUCCAGCUGUCGGUGUUUUACCUUUAGGUACUGGAAAUGAUUUAGCAAGAGCACUUGGAUGGGGAGGGGGUUACACCGACGAACCGAUCUCGAAAAUAUUAUCGAAUAUAAGCCAAAGCGAUAUAGUGAAUCUGGACAGGUGGUCUUUGGAGGUCGAGAAAAAUAAAGACGCUCCGCCGCCGGCGUCGAACGAGCCCACAGGUAAAGAAAAUCUACCUCUUAACGUCGUCAAUAAUUACUAUUCGCUAGGAGUCGAUGCUCAUAUUGCGUUGGAAUUUCACGAAGCUAGAGAGGCUCAUCCCGAAAAAUUUAAUUCUAGAUUGAGGAAUAAAAUGUUUUACGGACAAAUGGGCGGUAAGGAUUUGUUGAAGAGGAAGUGGAAAGAUCUCGCAGAUUUCGUGGUCUUAGAAUGUGAUGGACAAAACAUAACACACAAACUAAAGGAAUUGAGAGUACACGCUAUUGUUUUUCUUAACAUUUCCAGUUAUGGAGGGGGCACACAUCCAUGGAAUAGGUCAAUGGGCACCAGCGAACCAAGUACUGACGAUGGAUUGAUAGAAGUAAUUGGUUUAACUACAUAUCAGCUGCCUCUUCUUCAAGCUGGUGGUCAUGGUACAUGUAUAACUCAAUGCCGUUCUGCAAAAAUUACAACUUCUAAAACAAUUCCGAUGCAAGUUGAUGGAGAAGCAUGUAAAUUAGGCCCUUCUAUUAUCACCAUCAGUCAUUUGAAUAAAGCUCCCAUGCUAGCUAAAAGAAAACAUGGUAAUCCUAUUCCAAUACAAACUGCGUUGGACAAUCUUAAUGUUGGUGUAAAUAAAUUAACAAUGUCUGAUUACGAACAGCAUCAUUACGAUAAGGACCUUUUAGCCCAAGCAGCAAUAAGUAUAGGUAAAAUUGAAGUGAAUCCUGUAUCGGAUUUGGAACAAGUCCGGGCCAUCAUCAAUAAGAUGUUAGACGAACAUAACGAUAAGCAGAUGAUGUCUUCAGAUUGGUGCUUUAUCGAUUCAUGUACAGCCGAACGAUUUUUCCGAAUCGAUAAAGCACAGGAAAGUCUGCAUUACGUUUUUGAUAUUUGUAGUGAAAACCUGUACAUACUCGAAUGCGGUGAUGAAACAGUCCCACCUACGCCUGAAGAUGAAACUGCUAAUCCAUCGCCAACAUCAAAUCAUCAAACUCCUUACAACAUUCCAGAAAUGCGAAUUAGCAAAGAAGACGAUCUUGAUUCUCCCAGCGAUCAACCGCCUCUUUCGCCAAAAAAUGCGGAAGACUCCCAAGAAGACUUCCCGAAUAGUCCAGUAGAAAAUUUUCCUAUAGACAAUCAACAGUUGGCGAGAGUUUCCUCAGAUGCCAGUGUGAAAAUAAGAAGCAUCACUGAGAGAUUGUUUGGUUUGAAUCAAGAUUCGUACAAUGCUUAUAGCUACUUGGGAGAAAAACCAAAUGAGAAUUUGAUCAUUGCUGCCAAAAAGGGUGAUCUACGAACGAUUAGACAAUUACACAACCAAGGCUAUUCAUUACUGACAAAAGACGCAGCUGGACAAACGAUGCUUCAUCAUGCUGCACGCUAUGGCCAUAAAGAUGUCGUCAAAUACCUCACCAGAUAUGCUGCAUCAAUUAUAAACGAGAGAGAUUCUAUUCUAUCACAAACAGCUCUCCAUAAAGCGGUCGCCUACAAGUGGCCCAACAUUUGUUGCAUUUUAAUAGCUUGCGGAGCUGAUUUGGAGAUCAAAGAUCAUCGAGGGCUCACUCCAAGACUUUUAGCAUUACAAAAUAAUGACCAUGAAUUGGUGGCAUAUUUAGAAAGUCAGCAACAGUUUCAAUUGGUUUCUUCUGAUUUGGGAACAAUCGUAUAGGAUGGAAAAUAUCCUUAAAAACAUUUCUUAUGGCCCUUCAGGCAUCAAAGCAAUUUACUUUUUUCCUAAAAUGCCUUACUAUAUAUGUUUAAUUGGAAUUAAAACACAGAGGGACCUAUAUCUACAAUGUUGUAAUUUCAUUCUUUAUUAUAUUUCAAAAUGGUCUUCUCUGUGAAAAUUCUUGGUAUGCCUUGAAAGAUUCAAAAUAUUUGAAGUUAAAUUAUUGAAAAUGAAUUGGUCUAAUUUUUCAAUCAAGUUAUAAAAAAGCGAAUAAUUGAUUUUCCUACAAAAUUUUUGUGAUAGUUUUCGAAAUAAUGAGAUUUAAACUUAUUCAUCCCAAUUUCAGCCUUCUAGUUUAACUAAACAUAGAAAAUUGAAUGUUAUAUUUUCGAAUCACAGAAAUUCAUCAAAAUUUUCUGAAAAUCAAUUUUGGAUUGACCAUUUAUGAUACAACAUAACAAUUUUCCAGCAUUGGUUCCAAAAAAUAGCUACAGAAAAUCCCACUUUUCUCGUACGUCCUAUAAAAACUGUCCAAAUUGAAGUAAAACUGUAAUUACAUUUUAAGAUAAUUCUCUGUUUCCCUGGAUCAACUAGGAAGUUGGGGCCAAUAAAGUAAUGGGUGUAGGAUAUAAAAACUUUAUUCACUAAUAAAAAUAACAUUUUGAAUCUUUCCGGUAGAGCUUGUUGUAUAUAUGUAGGAAAUAAGGUCCAUUUUAUUCUUAGAGCAUGUACGUGACAUCACGUAUUUUUUACCCACUACAUUUAUUAAAAACAUUGUGAUAAUUCUAUUUAGAAACUUAACUAACUUAACAUGUGCGUUAUUCAUUUCAUAUUAUAUCAAUUUGGAGCAAACAAAUUAAUAACUUCAACAAAACUCUACCAAGUUCAUAAAUGUUUUUUCAUGAAUAUUUCAAUGUUGAAUCCUAUUCUAUAAAUAUGAUGAUUCAAACUUAAUAGAUUAAACAUAAUUCUUACCAUUUUAAAAUUUAAAAACUAUACGAGGUCAAGUGCGUGGAAUUUAGAGGAAGUCAACCAGUCCUGUCGUACGAAUCUGGUCGUUUAUUUAACAUAAUUCAGUAACUAAAUAUACUUGUAACUAUUACAAAGAUAAGUCAAAUUGUUUUUAAUUUAUAUCAAUAUGUCUAAACACGCUUUUCUAGUAGAUAAAAGAGAAGCUCCUUGAAUAAAUUUUGUUGAGAAACUACAAAUAAAACGAUGAAAAUGCGUCUGAAAAUAUAAUGAAAACGAAAUUUAUGAUAGAGAAGAAAAUGUUAAAGUUAAUAAAUACAAAGAAA